CUUUCUUUUAUGUUGCACCCAUCGUGCUGUUAUUAUUAUAUCAGACAGCGUCAUACUUGCUAUACUAGCUCCUUAUAAUGUCUUCGUCUACUAGUACGCUCUUGAUGCGGGCAUUCUCCUUGGAGCCUGACAACCCAGACAAAAUCCUCGCUGAAGCUAUGCGGCAGGUAAAGAACGAAUAUUAUCUCUUCCACCUCGGCUACGGCCUGGCUUCGGGCUUUGCCGCAGUCAUGGUGAUUUUCCUUCUCGCUGUCUUCGUCUGGCGCCGCUUUCUCGUCAACCGUACAUCUCUACGUCUAAUUUUCUUUAUUACGCUUAUGGAUUGCAUCCUGGGCCUCACCAUGCUGGCCAAGGUGGUGAAAGGGAAUAGCACAGGCUGCCGGGCAUAUUAUUUCUUCACUGGCUUUGUCACAUACACAGGCGUCUACGCAUCCACAGCUAUUGCCGUCAAUCUGCACAUCAUGUUUUUGCGACCCAGGCUGGUGGUUCCACGCGAGUACUGCGAGUAUCUGUACUUCCUAGUUCCGAUUCUAGCAGCACUGGUUCAUUUGGCGACGCUUACGGGGAUCGCUGCAAAACAAGGCUACUGCUCGGCAUUCGAACCAUACCAACCAGGAACAGCCUCGUUUGUGGUGUUUGUGGUGUGUGCCUAUAUGCUGACGCCGGCACUCUGCUUGCUCUACAACGUCAUUACAUUCACACGCAUUAUCCUGUCGCUUUUGCAGAAGCAGCGCGAGAUCAACAAAUGUCUGCAAAAGAUCUCUGCCGAGAACCAGGCGUUCCUGUCCAGCAGCAAGACCAGCAAGUGCAGGACCACGAUGCGGCACGAGGAGCAGCGGCUGCGGGCAGCUCGCAACGUCUACAAUGCAGCGGUGCGUAUCGCUAUGUAUACCAUUGCGCCGCUGGCUUGGUUCUGCUGCAAUAUCGCAUAUUACUACAUCCAGUACUCUAUCCAGCUGACGGACAGGAGCGAAAUUCCAAAAUUCGUCCAUAUGCAGAAGCUCGCGUGGUUUGGACACGCGGCCACAGUGCUGGCCAACUUUCUGGUGUUUGUGACCGAUCCUUCAGUCGUUCGUGUUAUCAAAGAAGUCAAUAGGGAGCUGACCAAGAAAUAUCCGCUGGUGGCACGGCACAAGGAAGCCAGGAUCGAGCCAAGCCAGGAAAUUGAUACAGAGUCUUCUAGUGACAGUGGUCUUCAGGUGCUGUCGCUGGAUACGAUGCCGACCAAGAAGUCAGCGUACCAGCUCGCAUUCCCGGAGCCCAGCGAUGACGAAUCUGCGGUCAACUCGGAUUCGACGGUUCUGGAGGCCAGAUUGAGACCGCUGCACCAGAGAUACCCAGCCAAUCAGUCGGAGGCCGAUGCCUAUAUCAGGCGGAUGUAGAGUUCUUGAUGAUCUAGUUUCAAAUGUUGAACAUUGCAUC